UAGAAGGAUGGGGGAGAAUAGUUCUUGUUCAUCCACGGUGGCAACUUGUAUUUACAGAGUCGACAAAUGACUUUGCAAAAUGAAGGAAGAUGCCUACACGCCAGACACAGUCUCCAUCGGUCCUUACCACCGUGACACCAACAAACAAAACUCACAGAUGCAAGAAAUGGAAGCCCUUAAAAGGCGAUACCUAGAGACAGUAUUUGUUCGAACAAGUGAGCAAACCAGUCGGGAGAAUUAUAUGAAAGCUCUCAAUGAUUUAGAAACUGAAACCCGUAAGUGUUACUCAUCAGAUCCCAUCAUCAAUUUAAGUAGCAAAGAAUUAGUAGAAUUGAUGCUCUUGGAUGGCUUUUUCAUUAUUGAGUUGUUGCGUAAAAACUCAAAUGAUGUUGAGUUUGAUGUAGAUGAUCCCAUAUUCUAUUCCAAAUUAAAGAGAACAAGGGUUGUGCGUGACCUAGUAUUGCUUGAAAAUCAAAUACCCAUGUUAGUUCUUCAAAAGUUAUUCGAUCUAAGGAAGGAUCCUAACUCUCAAUCUCUAUCACUCAUCGAAAUGGGUCUCCUCUUCUUUGAGCCUUUGAUACCAGAUGGUCUCAACAAGUAUAGUUCUAAUUCUGCAAAUAUCAAUACCACCAUCAAUACACACAAGCAUUUACUGGAUCUUUUAAGCUGCACACUUGAGAGUUCUCUUCCGCCGCCGGUUAUGAAGGAGCAGCAGCAAUCAUUAACCACAACACCAGAAUCACUGCCAUGUGUGACGGAGCUCCGGCAUUCCGGUGUUAAAUUCAAUGAGGGUUCAGAAUAUGGUAGCUUGAUGAACAUAAAGUUUAGUAGAGAAGUAUUUGAAAUCCCUCAACUCUGCGUUGAUGAUUACACAGAUUCCUUUUUCCGAAAUCUUAUUGCUUACGAGCAACAACGUUCUGGAGGUAGGCAUUGCAUAACAUCAUAUGCCCUCUUGAUGGAUUACCUUAUUAAUUCUGCUGAUGAUGUGGCAUUUCUCCGUGAUAGUGGAAUUAUUAAAAAUUAUUUGGGUGACGAUAAUAAGGUCUCAUCUUUAUUUAACAAUCUCUGUAGUGAAAUCUUUAAUGUUGCUGAUGAAUUCUAUUAUAGUGAUCUUUGUGAUGAACUGCGUGAAUAUUAUAACCGGCCCUGUAACAAAUGGAAAGCGACAUUGAUGAGGGAUUAUUGCAACAGUCCAUGGACGAUCACUUCAGUGGUUGCAGCGAUUCUCUUACUCUUUCUUACUGCCUGGGGUACUCUAUUUACCACCCUGCCUGUCUUCAAUGUUAAUUUCAAGCAUAAAUCUUAGAUAUUCUUCGCCAACAAGAUAGGCAUCACUGCUAUCGGAAAUAAGAAGAGAAAUAUUGAGUGGAUUCAAAGUGUAGAAAUAUCAGGCACUGUACGAGAACCAAGCAUAAAUCUUAGAUAUUCUUCGCCAACAAGAUAGGCAUCACUGCUUUCAGAAAUAAGAAGAGAGAGAUUGAGUGGAUUCAAAGUGUAGAUAUAUCAGGCACUGUACGAGAACCAAGGACCUGAUCCAGACUCCUCUUUGCCAUUUUAUGAGAAUCGUACACUGUUUUAAUUGUAACA